CACUGCCACCAUGAGGGCUCUCCUCAGCACACUCUGGCUCGCUCUGGCCUGCAGCUCUGUUCAUACUACUCUGUCCAAGUCAGAUGCCAAGAAGGCCGCCUCAAAGACACUGCUGGAGAAGACCCAGUUUUCAGAGAAGCCGGUCCAAGACCGGGGUCUGGUGGUGACGGACCUUAGGGCUGAGGAUGUGGUUCUGGAGCAUCGUAGCUACUGCUCACCUAAGGCCCGGGAGAGGCACUUUGCUGGGGACGUCCUGGGCUACGUCACUCCAUGGAACAGCCAUGGCUAUGAUGUUGCAAAGGUCUUCGGGGGCAAAUUCACGCAGAUCUCGCCCGUGUGGCUGCAGCUUAAGCGGCGCGGUCGAGAGAUGUUCGAAGUCACAGGCCUUCACGACGUGGACCAAGGUUCUCACGUUGCUGCCCAUCUGUUGCCCCGACUCCUAUUCGAGGACUGGACUCACGAGGACUUUGGGAGUGUCUUGGACAGCGAGGACGAGGUAGAGGAGCUGGGCAAGACCAUCGUCCAGGUGGCCAAGAGCCAGCACUUUGACGGCUUCGUGGUGGAGGUCUGGAGCCAGCUGCUGAGCCAAAAGCACACGGGCCUCAUCCACAUGCUCACCCACCUGGCUGAAGCCCUGCACCAGGCCCGGCUGCUGGCCAUCCUGGUCAUCCCGCCGGCCGUCACUCCCGGCCACGCUGCCCAGCCCCUGAACACCAGCCACAGAGCUGCCCCCAUAGUAGCCCUGAUGGGGCACCUAACUGGUGACGUGUGGAAGGCGGGGUCACCGUCCACAUUCUUGCUGUUGGAGCACGCACGCCUGCCCCCUCCACGGGCCCGGUCACCCAGCCCCUGCCUGCCUGUCGCCUACUCAGCCCUGUGGCUCUUCCUCCACCCGGAGCUGGUGUCUCCACCUGCACCCUUGACCGGGUGCCUGGCCCAAGGAGGCAGUGGGCAGAGCCCCAUCCAGAGCUCGGGCUCCCAGCACCGGGCCCCAGGAUUCCAGGGAGCUGCCGACCGGUCAGCCAGGGAUCCCCGUCACCUGGGAUCAGGGCCCACCCCGAUGACCCCGUAUUACCUCAAUCGCCUACGUAAAGUCUCCAUCUUCAUGAUCCCGCGAGCAGACAGCAGCUCCAGCCCCCAGCUUCCGCUCAGCAGGGCCACGGCUUACACACCUCACAGGCCCUACCUGCCCGAGAAGACGCAGCAAGGGCCCAGCCCCAGUGACAUAGCUGCCGGGGCAGUGGGGGCGGGGGCAGCUCGGGGGACUCUGGCGGCAGUGGGCAGUGGGAACAGUAACAAGGAGAGGCCACUGGGCACGUACAUCCAGAUGCUGAAGGACCACAGGCCCCGGAUCAUGUGGGACAGCCAGGCAGCAGAACACUUCUUCGAGUACAAGAAAAGCCGCGGAGGGAGGCACAUCGUCUUCUACCCAACUCUGAAGUCUGUGCAGGUGCGGCUGGAGCUGGCCAGGGAGCUGGGCGUCGGAGUGUCCAUGUGGGAGCUGGGCCAGGGCCUGGAUUACUUCUACGACCUGCUCUAGGCCUGGCUCCAAGCGGACGUGUGCUUUCCUGAGCAGUGGAGUGACCAGUUGAUAAGCAAAAU